AUGCAUGGCAUGCGCUGUAAACCAUCGUUUGGCCGCCCACGCGACAUUGCUACGAUAAAGGAUUUUGACGUGACUCCAGCUGGAAUAACGUCCAGUGGAAUCUAUGUAGACGUCCUAUACGCCAGUAAUGCCGGAGGCGCCGUUGCCAGCAACAUAAUCUAUGCCAUUAACGCCUGUACAGGCGACGUUAUUGGGGGUAUCACCAUCACAGGUGCAACGAAUGGUGCCUGGGAUGAUCUGGCUGUCCAAGCCUGUCCUCAUCCAAUGAGUGGAACCUGUAUUUUCGUCCAUGAUGUUAUCACUCAGACUGUGUAUAUCGUUCAAGAAGAAUCCAAUCCAGCUUCUUUCAUCAGCAAACCAGCUGAUAAAACAAUUGUGUACACCUACAAGGCCGGAGACCCAGGAACUACUGAAAGCAGAAGCAUCUUCGUUGAUUGUCAGUGCGACAUCUACUUCUUUAGCAGGAAUAAAUUGGGAAAUGCUGUGAGACUUUACCGCAUUGUUGAAAAUGAUGACGGUACAUACACAGCAAAGCCACAACUACAGCUUGAUAUCCCGACCGCAGGCACAGGUCCUAAGGGUGCUAGUCUGUCCCGGGACUGUUGCGAGCUGCUUGUGAAGAUGGAGGAUAAGAUUUACUAUUACCCCUGGGUCAACAACGAGCUCCAGAAGAACCAUGCACUCCUUCUGCCUUCUAUAACGUCACCUGUUAGUGACUCCAUUGCUUGGGCGUUAGACGGGAGUGGAUUCUACACAGCCUUAGAAUCUGCACCUUCGACUCUUGCUUUCAGUCCAAGAAAUGAACAUGUUCCAGACUCCAAGUUCAGCCUUGGGAAAGUUAUUGGUGGAGUUGCCAAAGCUGGCUUUUCUGAAAUAUCUGGUAUUGCAGCAAGCAGAGACAACCCUGGCUUCCUGUAUAUCAUCUCGGACACGUCAUGCACGGAUAUUCUAGUUGUGCAGAAGUGGCAGGGUCAAGUCGUCUCCACCUAUGAUGGUAGUAGAAGGCAUGUGGUCAACGUAGACUGGGAAGAUGUUGCUGUUGGACCCGGUGUGCGCAUGCCCGGCGACAAGGGCAUGCCUGGAAACGCGAUCUUCAUUAAUGAUGGUGGUGCAGACAAUGGCGGUCCUGCUAAUAACAUCUACGUCUUUCCCGAGGUGGAACAUCCGUUUGUAAACAGAACCGCUACUUCGGUAAAGAGGCUGCCGUACAGGUAUCUUGGAAAAAAGUUUGUGUCACAUGCUGUGAUGGUAGCCUGUGAUGGCACAAUCUACGUGUUCGACUAUGUACAGAACUUUGGUGAUCCCGUCAAUGUCUACCGACUGAUAAGUACGGGUCGAUACAGGUACGCCGCCGUAGUGGUUGCUACCUUCCCAAGUCCGUCUCUGGUAGCUGGUCCAGAGGCUGCCGACAUCUCGGCAUGUUGUGACGAGAUUCUCGUGAAGUUCCGUGAUGAUGUUUACCUUUACACUAUGAAAAACAACGACGUUUCUGCUGCCUUUCUGAACGACCCGUGCCCUUUGCCCUACAUCCCAGAGGACGAUGGAGCUUCUGUUGCCUUCACGGUCGACUGCAAGGCAUACCUUACAAUCGAAGACCAGGACUCCUCCCCCGCUCCCUUGAAGGAGUACGCAAGGCUACAAUGCUGCAGGAGGAGAGAAUACUACUAUUAAUUAUUCAAUAAAG